CUCCUCUCCUCCGCCUAUAAAACUCCGUCCGGGCCCCUCCCUGAGAGAAAGAACAAAAAAAAAACCCCACGUUUUCUUUUCCUUCCUUUCUCCCCCCUGCACUAGGAUCUACGAGUAUGGUUUCGAAGGCCGUCGCCGCCGCGCUCCUCCUCUUUUGCCUGGCCGCGGCCGCCGUGGCCGCGCCGGACAUGUCGAUCAUCAGCUACGACGAGGCCCACGGAGUGCAGGGGCUGGAGCGGAGCGAAGAGGAGAUGCGGCUCCUCUACGAGGGGUGGCUCGCGAAGCACGGGCGGGCGGACAACGCGCUCGGGGAGAAAGAGCGGAGGUUUGAGAUCUUCAAGGACAACGUCCGUUUCAUCGACGCCCACAACGCCGCCGCCGACUCCGGCCACCGCUCCUUCCGCCUCGGCCUCAACCGCUUCGCCGACAUGACCAACGAAGAGUACCGCGCCGUCUACCUCGGCACCCGCCCCGCCAGCCACCGCCGUAGGGCCCGCUUGGGGAGCGAUCGCUACCGCUACAACGCCGGGGAGGAGCUGCCGGAGUCCGUCGACUGGAGGGACAAGGGCGCCGUCACCACCGUCAAGGACCAGGGCAGCUGCGGGAGUUGCUGGGCGUUCUCCACCAUUGCUGCCGUGGAAGGGAUUAACAAGAUCGUGACAGGCGAUCUGAUAUCCCUUUCUGAGCAGGAGUUGGUGGACUGCGACAAUGGCCAAAACCAAGGCUGCAACGGUGGCCUCAUGGACUAUGCCUUUGAGUUCAUCAUCAAUAAUGGCGGUAUUGACACCGAGGAGGACUACCCCUACAAGGCUCGUGAUGGCAAGUGCGACCAGUACAGAGUGCGUCUCUUGGUCAUUCUCUGUAAGAAAUCGGUGCUUGGUUUGGCUCUGAUUGAUUUCAGUGUAUUCUUUGUGCAGAAGAACGCCAAGGUUGUCUCCAUUGAUGGGUACGAAGAUGUUCCUGUGAAUGAUGAGAAGGCCCUGCAGAAGGCUGUCGCAAACCAGCCUGUCAGCGUCGCUAUUGAAGCUGGUGGCCGGGAGUUCCAGCUAUACCAUUCGGGAAUUUUCACUGGAAGAUGCGGGACUGAUCUUGACCAUGGUGUUGUUGCGGUUGGCUAUGGCACUGAGAAUGGCAAAGACUACUGGAUUGUCAGGAACUCAUGGGGUGGUGACUGGGGAGAGUCUGGGUAUAUCAGGAUGGAGCGCAAUGUCAACGCAUCCACCGGCAAGUGUGGGAUCGCCAUGGAGUCGUCUUACCCUACUAAGAAGGGCCAGAACCCACCCAACCCUGGUCCAUCCCCUCCUUCUCCUGUGAAUCACCCUGCCGUUUGUGACAACUACUACUCUUGCCCAUCUGGCACCACCUGCUGCUGUGUCUAUGAGUUUGGCCGCCGCUGCUUUGCCUGGGGAUGCUGCCCUCUUGAGGGGGCCACCUGCUGUGAAGAUCGCUACAGCUGCUGCCCUCAUGAUUACCCAGUUUGCAAUGUCAAGGCUGGAACUUGUCAACUGAGCAAGGACAAUCCACUUGGAGUGAAGGCUCUGGUUCGCAUCCCUGCCAAAGCUCAUUGGGCAUUCUCCGGCACUGAUGCAUGAUAAGUCCACUGAUUGUUGAUGAGGAGAGGAUGAAGGGUUCUUUUGUUGAAUACCCCACCAUUCCUCUCCUUUAAGAACUUGAAGCAUAGCUUGUUAUCGAUCUCCUGUAAAUAGCUAUCAAAUUCAGAAGUCAGAUAAAUGAAAUGAUAUUGAACUCAGCUUUCUUAUUUAUGUAAAUAUUGAUUUGCUUUGCAUG